UGGCGGAAGAAGAUGCGCCAGUUUCCGGUCGACCUAUUUACGCAUCUUGACGUUAAGAUUGUUGUAUCCAGUUGUCUGAGGCUGUCUUUUCUGGUUCACGAAGUUUACCUUUUGAUUGUUGGUUGCUACUUUCUCACCAAAGAAGUGGCGACACGGAGCUGAAGCCCGCCCUGGAUUGAAGCCUGGUUGAUAUAACGUUACGUGCUACGUGUUAGCCACUUUGAUUUAGGCUAGCUCGGCUGCUAUUUGGCUUUGCUACGUUAAUAUGAGUUGCCAAACCUUAGCUAUGUUAUAGCUAAAUGCAGUUGUGGGUCUUUAUCCUGUAGCUGGCUCGCUUACUCGCGCUUGCUGGCUAACAAAGCUAAAGUUACAUAUUUGUCUCACGCCAGUUUCAGUAUCAGCGUCACUCCCUUGGAUGGUUUACGUCUGUGUGUUUUACAGUCAGGAAGUGACUCUUGAGCCCCAUGUCAGCUGAGGCUUCAGGUGGCAGUAUGACUGCUGCCUCUGCCCAUACCAGCGACUCCCAGGCCGCCUGCCAAAACCCAGAGCCACACAGAAAUGUGGGUCUGCUGGGGAGCAAAUAUGUCAAGCUAAACGUCGGUGGUUCACUGCAUUACACAACCGUCCAGACAUUAAGCAAAGAGGACAGUUUGUUGAGGAGCAUGUGCAAUGGAGGCACCGAGGUCACCUUAGACUCAGAAGGCUGGGUGGUUUUGGAUAGAUGUGGCCGUCAUUUUGGGCUGGUUCUGAACUUUCUGAGAGAUGGCUCGGUGCCGCUUCCAGAGGACAACAGAGAACUGGAUGAGGUUCUGAAAGAGGCUCAGUACUACAGGGUCCAGGGACUCAUCCAGCACUGCCUCACUGCUAUGCAGAAAAAAAAGGAUGUUUAUGAAAGUGUUUGCCGUAUUCCCAUGAUCACCUCAGCCAAAGAAGAACAGAGGAUGAUUGCUACAUGUAGGAAGCCUGUAGUAAAAUUGCAGAACAACAGGGGAAACAACAAAUAUUCUUACACCAGUAACUCUGAUGACAACCUGCUCAAGAACAUUGAACUGUUUGACAAGCUCGGCCUCCGCUUCAAUGGCCGCGUCCUGUUUGUCAAGGAUGUUCUCGGGGAUGAGAUCUGUUGUUGGUCUUUCUACGGUGAAGGCCGCAAGAUCGCUGAAGUUUGCUGCACUUCCAUUGUCUAUGCAACAGAGAAAAAGCAGACCAAAGUUGAGUUUCCUGAAGCUCGCAUCUUUGAAGAAACCCUCAAUAUCCUCAUUUAUGAAAAUGGCAGAGGAUCCGGUCCAGGAGGCCUGCCGCUGUUAGAUUCCAGAGGCUCGGGCUCGUCGCUGGGAGCAAGCCAGUCGGAGGAAGAGGGUGCUGGAGGAGGGGACAGGCGGGUCAGACGGAUCCACGUCAGGAGACAUAUCAUGCACGACGAGAGAGGGCACGGUCAGCAAACGGUGUACAAGGACUAAUGAUGAGAGGAUGGAAGGCAUGAAAGAAAAUUCAUGUCAUGUGAAAAGUGUUUUUGUUGAAGACUAGCAGAAUGAAAGAGACGACUUUGAUCUUUGCAGUAGUAAGGUACUUUGGUUAACAUUAAAUGUCUCAAAAGCCACAUCAGAAAUGUAGGGGUUGUUGACCGAUUUGCCCCUGAAGUGAGACAUUUGGAGGUCAAACAAUGCUUCUGUUUACAAGAAAAUAAAAUCUCAAACAUUUUUUGUAAAUUCUCAAACUAGGAAAUAUUCACCUGGUACACAGGACUGACUUGAAUAUUACUUUCCAAACUAAGUAACCUGCCACACAGUUACCGACCACUCCUACUAUGUUCAGUGGUUUUGUUUUCUAGAGGGCGCAUCCUGCUGUUACCGUGGGUGUGAGCGAUCUGCACUGGGAACCUCCUCUGUGUUAGACUAAACCUGCUCAUUCAGGUUUUAAAAUAUCUGUCUCCUUUUUAUAACUUGGGCAGAAAUGCAACAGUGAUGAACAGAGGAUCGAUUCUGUGUAAACUUUGUUGUUUUAACACUGGAAAAAAGUUGCCAUUUAUAGUUUGCAGGUACGGAGAUUGUAAGUGGGAGUGCUGAGCAGCUCCAGUUUUCUUAAAUUAUUACUGCUAUUGCUUCAAGAUGUGUUUUCUAUUAAUUUAUGAACUUAAUUUAUUGUUUGGUAUUUAACUUUUUUUAUUGUAUGCAGCCUUGUGCAAAUGGUGUUAGCUAGUGUUCAAGUGAGUUUCAGUUCAUUUCAGUUUAAAUUUUUGAUAUGGAAAUAAUGCACCCCACACACCACCUUUUGUAUUCCUCACCUUGUGUUGUGAGUUUAAAAACUAUUUCGAAAAAUGAGCCAUGACACGUCUAACAUUUUCUUGUCAAUAUUAUGGUAUUUUGUUCUGAGCCAUGAUGUUGCACUGCUUUUUGUUAUAUACCAAACCGCUACAAUUUGCUCAAAGUAAUUGGCUAAAAAUUGCUGGUAAAUUUUGCCUGUAGACACUUAAUACCAUGAUGUAUUUUUAUUGCCCUCAGGGACAGGAUAAACAUUUUUUGCUCUAAUUCACCGAUGUUGUACAAAUGUAAUCACUCUGGAUUCUUAAAAUGCAUGAAUGAGAGCAAUAUGUUCUCAAACUUUUUUUUUUUUUUUUUCUAAAUCACAGCUUGAAAUACCUUCAAAUAUGCACUAAUUUACCUUCCGUCCAAAAUUAAUUUGCUAGUGGUGAUGAAACUGUUCUCAAUAAAUUACUUAAGAAAUGCA